UGUUAGCAGACUGUAAGCUCUGCACAUGUGCGUCUUUCCCCCUCGCUAGCUCUCAGACUCAGUUCAGGAUUCUUAAAACGCAUCAAUCUCGCAUUUGAGCGUCAUUCUGCAGCAAAAACGCACACAUCAAAACUUCAUAUUCACGCACACAGCUAGCCGAAACGACUUGCAACCGCGUUAAUCUUUCCGGCACCCUCAAUCAGCUAUCAGCUUGGGGUCAGCUUGUGGCUUCCCAGCUCAGCGCAGAAGAUGGCACUUUCUGCCUCCCUCUUCGAUGACCCCUGGCUCGGCUCAGCGGACCCGUUCAACAUUCUGGACAACUUCAGCACGCUUGUAGAUUCAUCUCUGACUCCAGCUCAGGGCAGGGGCAGGGAGGGUGCCAGAAGGCCCUCUGCCUUCACCAGAGCACCGGUGGAUGUGCACGAAAACGAGACUGCAUACGUUUUUGAGGCGGACCUCCCUGGGCUGACAAAGGGUGACGUCAAGGUGCAAUUGGAGGACGACGGCAAGACCUUGAACAUCAGCGGAGAGCGGCAGCACGAUCAGAAGAAGAACUAUCACAGGCAGGAGAGAGGACGAGGCAAAUUCCAGAGACGCUUCCGGCUGCCCGAAAAUGCCAAGGGAGAGAAGAUCAGCGCAGCAGUCAAAGACGGCGUGCUCACUGUGACCGUGCCAAAGGAAAAGCCACCGCAGCCGAAGGUGAUUGACGUCCAGAUUGACUAAGCUGAUACGCAGAAUGGUGACACGAUCAGGAAAUCAGAGGCCGCUUUCGUUCGUUCGUUGUAGGACGAAGUGCUGAUACAUUUCAGAACAGGAAAGAAUAAUAGCUGGACUUCAAGUCGUUGGCUGGGUGCCUCUGAACGGAUGUUUACGCAAGUUGGCACAGGACGAUAAACUUUUGAGCUUGUCGAAACCCGGGCAACACUGUCGUAUCACAGCCGCCAAGCCGCCUUGAAUCUCGUAGAUUGAUGGCAGUCUCUCCUUGUAAAGACCACUAUAGACCAGCUAUUCAUAAAGGUCAAGACAGACAGGAACUUCGUGAAGUAGAUCAACAUAUCCAAGCUUCAUUGCGGAGAUUAACGGUACAUCAUUCAAUUAAGAUUGCAUGGCAGACGUCACUUUUAUCCUCUUAGCUUCAAGUACAAGCAAGUAUUUACAUGUUGUUCUUGCGCCAGCGCC